CAGGUUAAGAAAAACCCGACCAUGACGUAUUUCUUGUGCGCCAUUUUCCGUGUUCACGUGACACGAGUUCAGUCGGCUGCGUCGCGUGUAGCAGUGCAGUGAAGAUGGCGGCGGGUAGCUCGGUGCCCAGUGAUCUCUACCAACACGUUUAUACGUUUCUUUUAGAGAACAAGUUCACCAAAGCCGCCAAUGAAUUUAUAAAGCAAGCUAAAGUCAAACCUCAGGACCAAAAUGAGGAAGGGCUCCUUGAUAUCUUCAGUUUUUGGGUUAAGUCUCGGGAGGCUACAAAACGGAAAGCGGCCCCCGGAGGUCCUGAGGUUAAUGGGCCGAGUGCAAAGAAAGCAAAGCAGGACGAGAGUUCCAGUGAAGAGGAGUCGAGCAGCGAUGAGGAGGAUGCGGCACCUGUCCAGAAAACACCUCAGGCAGCUGGGGCACCGGUGAAGAAGGCAGCGGCUGCGGCACCGGUGAAGAAGGCAGCGGCUGCGGCACCGGUGAAGAAGGCAGCGGCUGCGGCACCGGUGAAGAAGGCUGUGGCACAGGUGACGAAGGUGGCGGCGGCACCGGCGAAGAAGGCGGCGGCGUCCAGCAGCAGUGAAGAUUCCAGUGACUCUGAGGAUGAAGCCACCACUAAAGCCCCAGUAAAAGUCCCAGCUGUGAAGCCUGCACCAGCAGCCAGGAAGAAGGACACCAGCUCCAGCAGUGAGGAGUCUGACUCGGAGGAAGAAUCAGCCAGACCUGCAGCCACAGGAGCCAAGCCGGCGACCGUGACCCCUAAAGCCACGGCCGCUCCUAAAGCCCCAGCUCAGAAGAAGCAGGAGAGCAGCAGUGAGGAAAGCUCAAGUUCCUCUGAAGACGAGGCUCCAGCAAAACCAGUAGUAAAAGCUCCUGCCCCGGUGAAGGCUCCAGCUCCGGCCAGUGCGAGCAGCAGCAGUGACGACUCUUCAGAUGAGGAACAAAAGGCUCCACCCAGUAAGAAGCCCAAAGCAGGUGCAUACAGUGCGGUACCGCCACCUACAGCUCAGAGGGCCCCUGCUCCAGCAGCUAAACAAGAUUCAUCUGACAGCAGUGAAGACAGCAGUGAUGAGGAGGAAGAAAAGAAAGCCCCUGCCCAUACAAAGGCUGCGACUCCUAAACCUGCGACUCCUAAACCUGCAGCCAAGAAUGAUGAGUCCAGUUCAGACAGCUCUGAUUCAAGCUCAGAGGAUGAAGCAGAGAAGCCAGCUGCCAAAGCUGCUCCACUUAAAGCAGCUCCCGCUAAGGCCCCAGCAGGUCCCUCUAAGAAAGCGGCAGCUCCUGCUAAAGAUGACUCCUCAUCAUCAAGCUCAGAGGAUGAUGACGAGGAGGCAAACAAGCCGGCCACCAAAGCAAAAACUCCUGCAGCAAAGGCCACUCCUGCAGCAAAGGCCACUCCUGCAGCAAAGGCCACUCCUGCAGCAAAGGCCACCAAAGAGUCGUCCUCUUCCAGUUCGGAGGAGUCUGAUGAUGAGGAUGAUAAAGCCAAACCAGCUGCUAAAGCUGUCCCAGUUAAGACUCCUCCAGCAAAGGCCACACCUGCAAAGAAAGCUGUGUCCUCAAGCUCAGACUCCGAUAGCUCAGAAGAUGAGGCUCCUGCCAAACCUGCAGCCCAACCAGCAACACCGAAAACCACACCCAAACCAGUGGCCACACCGAAAACCACACCCAAACCAGUGGCCACACCGAAAACCACACCCAAACCAGUGGCCACACCGAAAACCACACCCAAACCAGUGGCCACACCGAAAACUGCAGUCACACCCAAGACUCCGUCCAAGCCUGCUGAGAGCAGCUCAGACUCGGACAGCGACAGCUCCGACUCGGAAGAUGAGGCCCCAGCAAGUAAGACUGCUAAACCCAUGAGCUCCACCCCUACGUCUAAAGCCACACCCGCAGCAUCUAAAGCCACACCCACAGCGUCUAAACCCGCAGCUGAGUCCAGCAGCAGUGGCUCUGAAAGUUCCAGUGAGGAGGAUGAGGAGACUAAAGGGAAACCUGCUGCCACCUCUAAGCCUGCUGUAACUCCAGCAAGCACCAAAAAGGCUGAGAGCAGCAGCUCAGACUCUUCCGACAGCUCUGAUUCAGAGGCUGAAGCUCCCAAAACGACACCGGCCAAACCUGCCGUGACCAAGAGGAAAACAGAAGCUCCCAAAACCCCUGCCUCUACAGCAAAAAAACCCAUCUCGAAGGCCGCAGAGUCGUCGUCCUCUAGUGAAGACAGCUCUGAUGACGAAGAGGAGACAACAAAGGCACCAGUAAAAACCACACCUGCUGCGAAAAGCACACCAACUGCUGCAGCAAAGCCAAAGCCUGAGAGCAGCUCGUCUGAGAGCUCUUCAUCCGAGGACGAGGUGAAAACUCCCAAGACCCCUACCGCUGCUCCAGCAAAUGGCACUGGGGGCAAAACAAAGAGGACUGCGGAAGACAUGGAGGACAAGGAAGCUUCAAUGAAAACACCCAAAAACAAAAAGCUUGCUAACGUCACGCCUCAUUCCUUCCCCAAGGCCAAACAGAAGAAUGGCACUACUCCUUUCCGUAGAAUAAGAGACGAGGAGAUUGAGGUAGACCCGCGCCUGGCAGACAAUUCCUUCAAAGCCAAGUUGGGAGCGACUGGGGAUUGGGGUGAAAAGGCCAACGAGGUGCUGAAGUACACCAAAGGCAAGUCCUUCAGGCACGAAAAGACGAAAAAGAAGCGCGGCAGCUACAGGGGAGGCGCCAUCUCUACCACCAUCAACUCCAUCAAAUUUGACAGUGACUAAGAGCUGAACUCACAAGCACCAUGUUUCCUUUAUCUACCUGGACUCAUUUUUCUGUCUGACACUGUGGUGUCAUAUUGUAGGAUCUGGCAACCCAGACCACUGCAGCAUUAGUGCUGUACUCAGGUCGUUGUUAAUAACCAGCCCGUAAAGCCUUGAGCAGAGACACGGCCAUGUCAGUUGCAGUUUCUUUUCUUAGCCACUAGGUGGUGACCUCAUUUCGCUAAUAUGUUUUCGGUUAUACUUUUAUUUCCUCUAUUUUUCUCUUUGUCAGAAUUGUAUUGUGUCAAAGGCCUAGAAUUUGUUUGGAAUUAGUUUUUUUGUAUUGAGCACAUGAAGUGGUUAUACUCAAUUUCUCCUUCUGGACAUUUAAAUGAAUGAAUGGUUUCUUUUUAUCUCUGUUAGACCUUGAUAUUGAAUGGUGUGAAGGUUGCUUAGUGAAGCUACGUGGUUCUAUGUUAAUUAUAAUCGGACUAGAUGUGUGGCGCCUGUGCACAUCGUCCCAUGUGAAUACGAAGCCAUUAUUAACAGCACUAGCAUUGUUCAUACUGUGGCAAUUUUAGUGUUUUUGGAUCUUCUUUAACUGGCGCAACAGAUUCGUCCUAUUCGUUCAUGUAUUGAUGAGAGAGUUUUGUAAUUAAAACCUGACUGACUCUUAA